AUGGAUGAUGGAGGUGGAGUGGCCAUGGGCGAGUGGGUAAGUGGGGUGUCGAGUUUCGAGAGCGAUUACGAGCUGAAAAUUUUGGGGGGCGCCAACCCGAUCGACAUUCGUCAGAGAAAACAAUGGGUUUACUCUAUGGGCUUAUUAUUGGGCUUGAAUCCUCUUAUCAUUUGGGCCAUUUCACCGGUCUGUGCGGUGGUCGAAUCUGGCGGUGGCGCUCGUAACAGCUUUCAUCGGAUUGGAACCCGCGGCGGCAGCAGUGAGCGUGACACCAGCAGACGCAGUGGUGCUCACUGCUCGAAGCGGCGCAGCAAUAUUAAAUCACACAAUAUCUUGAUUUUGCCAGAAAUAUGCUAUAUAGUUUUGCACAAGUACAAUCUGGGUUUUCCCCCCUUUGAUCCAAAUUUCUUGAAAUUGCUCCGUCAUGAAGGUUCAUCCGGUCUCGAUCACUCUGCAUUACGACAUAGCAUCGGCUAUCUCUCAAGCGAACGUCUGCGGGCAAAGGAAGCUUCGGCGACUGCCCCACAUCUUCGCCAAGGUGCUGUAUAG